AUGUCUUUGAAUAAUCAUCCUCAUGGGACAUUGUCUGUAGACACUCAGGUAAAUCCAAAAGAUCAAGGUCCAAAGCAGCUGAUGGCAGUGAAUCUACGUAAUGGCAGAGACCUAGACUUGGAGCAAGAGAGGGCUCGAGAAAGCAGACAGGCUGAGACACUUGAAGAAGCCAACACACAGAUUAAGGCUGAGAAAGAAGCUGAGAUAGCCCAGGAAUCGGUAGUUGAGGUGGUGUCUGGCAAAGAGAAAACCCAAAUCACUGGGAAGAAGAGACCUUCAGCACCAUUCCCACAGAGGCUGGCCAAAUACCAGAAAGAUAAACAAUACAAGAAAUUCUUGGAGAUAUUGAAACAAAUUCAGGUAAAUAUUCCAUUGAUUGAUGCUUUGAAGGAGAUGCAUGGUUAUGAAAAAAUGAUGAAGGACUUGAUGUUCGGAAAAUUUGACUUCCAAGACUUGGCCACAGUGACUCUAACUCAGAUAUGCAGUGCUGUGGUAACUAGACCAGUUGCUGAAAACUUUUCUAAUAUAGGGAGUUUCACAAUUCCCUGCACCAUUGGUAACUUUGCCUUUGCCAAGGUACUCUGCAAUUUGGGGGCUAGCAUAAAUCUUAUGCCCCGGGCGAUCUAUAAGAGGUUGGGGAUUGGAAGAACUAGACCCAUGUCUAUGUUGUUGCAGCUGGCUGACAGAACUAUGAAAAGACCCUCAGAUGUAAUUGUGGAAGAGGAUGAUGAGACAUUGACUAUUGAGGAUCCUCUUGCUACAUGUCUUAUGAAUUUAGAUGAGGCACAACAGCUUUUGCAGGUUGCUGAUCAUCUAUCGCGACUUAAAGGAGCUGAAAACUCAAUUGAGGCAGAGGAUAUUCUGGAAACCUUUCCAGACGAGCAGCUACUCGCCACAAGCCUUGAGGAAGUGCCAUGGUAUGCAGACAUUGCAAAUUACCUAGCAAGCGCUGUAGCACUCCCCACCAAUGAUGCAAGGGUGGUGGUGGGGGUUUUGAAGAAGAAUAUAUUCACCCAUUUCAGGAUCCCGAGAGCUAUUAUCAGUCACGGAGGCACUCACCUCUACAAUCGAGCAUUCGAGAAAUUGCUAACGAAGUACGAUGUGCGCCACAAGGUGGCAACCCCAUAUCCUCCUCAGACCAGUGGACAGGUCGAAGUGUCGAAUAGAGAAAUAAAGAGUGUGAUGACCAAGACUGCGAAUGCCACAAGAACCGAUUGGGAGAAAAAGCUAGAUGAUGCACUCUGGGCCUACAAAACUGCUUUCAAAACACCAAUUGACAUUGAGGUUGCGGGAACAAAAAGAGUCAGAGAAUUACAUGAGCUAGAUGAGUUCCAAUUUAUUGCUUUCGAGAGCACGAGGUUAUACAAGGAGAUAAUGAAGAGGUUGCAUGACAAGAACAUUAUUGAGCGAAAUUUCAAUCCCGGAGACAUGGUAUUGCUUUAUUACUCAAGAUUAAGGCUAUUUCCGGGUAAACUCAAGUCACGAUGGUCUGGACCAUUUGGGGUGGUCGAAGUGCUCCCUUCAGUGCCAUAG